CUCGGUCGACGGCGGUUCGUUUCGUUCGACAGUAUUUUCGUGGAUUCCCCCAAGUUGAUCGGCGCGCAGGAUUUCCUCGUACAUGACCGGUCGACGGUGCUAGUGCAGGAAAAAUGGUCCGCAGUUUGGCCCAAUGGACGAAAACUCUGAGCUUCCCGGCUAGAAUAUCGCCCAACAAGGCGGCCAAGGAUCGCGUCAACAUCCACCAAGUCAGCCCAACGAUUACCCCGACUUUGAGCAACAAUUCCCUGUCGAAAAACAACGAAAUCAACACCAUGAUGAACAAUCAUGCCUCGUUAAGCGAAGUCAAUCAAAUAUACUCAGACCCCGAAUCGGAAAAGGCUAUUAUGAGCUCGAUAGUCUAUUGCAUUCAUCACAAAGAAGGUUGCAAAUGGUCGGACGAGCUGAGGAAGCUGAAGGGUCACUUGAAUACUUGCAAAUACGACGCCAUUCCAUGCACGAGUAAAUGCGGCGCCCAAAUCCCCCGAGUCCUCAUGGAAGACCACCUCAAGUACACCUGCCCCCAGAGGAGAACGAGAUGCGAAUACUGCAACAAAGAAUUCACCGGACACGCUCUCGAAAACCACGCCGGUCAUUGCGGCUACGAGCCUUUAUACUGCGAGAACAAAUGCGGCAUGAAAGUCCACCGCAGGCACUUGGGCCAGCACAAGAGCGACGGCUGCUCCAAGCGGCUGGUACCAUGCAGGUACUGCUCCAAGGAGUUCGUCGCCGAUACUCUACCGGCGCACCACGUCAAAUGCGGCCGAGUACCCAUACAAUGCCCCAACAGGUGUGACGCGAGCGUCCUGGCGCGCGAAGACCUCGACGCCCAUCUGAAGGAGGAGUGCACGGUGUCGGUGCACGGCUGCCACUUCAAGGACGCCGGCUGCCGCUUCAAGGGGUCCCGCUACGUCAUCGAGAAACACCUGGAGGAGCACUGCCAGCAACACUUGACGCUCAUGUGCAACGUGGUGACCAAGCAACAGCACCAGAUCGCCUCGCUGAAGAGCGCCCUCUCCCGCUUGUCGCUCAACUACUCCGGCACGCUUAUCUGGAAGAUAAGCGAGUUCACGGCGAAGAUGGGCGAGGCCAAGAGCAAGGAAGGCAUGGAGCUGGUGUCGCCGCCUUUCUAUACUAGUCAAUACGGUUAUAAACUUCAAGCGUCUAUAUUUCCGAACGGUAACGGUGCCGGUGAGGAUUCCCACAUAUCGGUGUACAUAAAAAUCCUGCCGGGCGAGUACGAUGCUCUGCUGAGAUGGCCCUUUUCCCAUUCGGUUUCCUUCACUCUGUUCGAUCAGAGCGCGUGCCCGGAGAAGGCGUGCAACAUCGUCGAGAGCUUCAUACCGGACCCGACGUGGAAGAACUUCCAAAGGCCCAGCAUCGAGCCGGAUUCGCUGGGUUUCGGCUUUCCCAAGUUCGUCUCGCACGAGAUGCUCAAGAAGAGGCACUUCAUGAAAGAGGACACGCUGUUUAUCAGAGUGAAAGUGGAUCCCAGCAAAAUAGUGGCGGUGUAGAGAGGGGAUUGGCACGUUGUUGUGCGGCGUUUACCGGUAUUGAUCUCAUUUUGUUGUAAAUAUUGUAAAAAUGCGUGUAAAUUCGACGGAAAUUCAAUGAGACUGGUUGGUUGUAACGUUUGUAAGACUAGUAGUCAUUUAUGUGAAACAUAAAUGUCUGACUAAAUUGAUUAGUGAUGAAAAGAACUUUGUGUUGUAAAAAGUUGUUAGUUUCUUCUUCUCUUAUUUACAUGGCCUCUUGCGAAGUGCCGCAUCCGGCCAGACUUGUUGGUUUAAUUACAAUAGUUGUUUAUUUACCAAAAUAAAUCGUAAUAAAUUUCAUAUAUUUGCUAUAGAAAGUCUGUUGUAGAUAAAACUGCCUUUAUAGUUAUAUUUUUAACAAUUUAUAAAGGCAAUUUGACAGGAUUUUAUGCACAUUUACCUAGAUAUUAUUAAUUUUGUUCCAUUGGAAAACCGGUAUAAUAGUAUUGUACAUUAUAUACAUACGAUUUUACGAUAUUGUUUAUUUAAUGGGGAAGUUAGAAUGCUCAGGACUUGUAAAAAAAUCGUUCGAAAUUAUUUAUGUUUGAGUGUAUUUUUUCAUUUGUGAUAGCUGGAGAACACCAAAGGUUUGUGUUUAAAUACGUUUUUUCUUGUAAAUAAUAACGUUUCAUUUUGAACAAAUUUGUACACUAUAUACCGUGCUA